UUUUCCAAACUUUCUACCAAAAAUUACCGCCCGGAAAACAAUUGAAGAUUUCUCCUGACAUUCCGAGGCGAUAAAACCCCCCAAAAAAAAAUCAUCAAAAUUUUCAAGUUUUACGAGAUAAAGUGAGAAAUUCAGCCGUGAUGUCUAGAGCUCUGAAGAAAAAAAGGAAAAGAUAUCCCGGAAUGCCAGAGGAGCGCACACCGAGACAAGAAAAUUCUCUCCAUCUAGCCUUCGCGAGAUGGGGAAAAAUCAUGGGGAGUGUGGGGGGACUGAGGCUAUCCGGGGGUGCAGACGCCGUCGAGGAAGUCAUUGAGAAGAGCCCACGAGUUUCCGGUGAAGAGAGAAGGGAAGAAAAUUCAUCAUCACCACCGGAAGUCAUCGCGGAAUCAUCCCCUGGGUCCCCGAUACCUCCCCGAGAGUCAACUGGAGAUCAAGAACUCGAUAAGAUUUUCGAAAAUGCGAGUGAACAUCUUCGGGAAGCUGGAAAAGUCCUCGCUCGACUCACCGGAAACGUUGAGCACGAUUUAAAGCUGAUGCUGGAGGAUAUCACGAAGAAGGUCGACAACUGGAAGGGAGAAGCUCAGAGUGAAGUUGAAAGUGGAAUGAGUGCUCUGGAGGAGCUGAGAAAAUUGAUAAUUUCCCGAAAUAACGAGAUGCAGACGAAAUUAACUGAGGUGGAGGCAGCCAAGGCGAUAUACGAAAAAACUCUAGCUGAUAGUGGUGUGAAAAUAACGAUUGGAACUGAUCCCUCGUAUUCGAGGCUUCAGCUCCCUCCACUGCAACCAGGAGGCCCUCCAGGGGUUCAGAUGCCAAUAACUCCAGCGGAGAUAAUGUCUAGAUUACCCCCAGGGAGUCAACUGCAGGCAGAUGGAUCUGUUCUGAUGCCUUCUGGAGCGGUUGUCCCACUGGCCGCGGUGUCGUCCAUGGAAAUUCGUGGACCUGGAGAAUUUAUUCCAGGUGUUGGACCUGGGGGAUUUCCUCCCGGGAGUGAACCUGGAGGAUUUCCUCCAGGUAGUGGACCUGGAGGAUUUCCUCCAGGUAGUGGACCUGGAGGAUUUAUUCCAGGAGGUGGACCAGGAGGAUUUAUUCCAGGAAGUGGACCAGGAGGAUUUAUUCCAGGCGGUGGACCUGGGAGGUUUGCUCCAGGAGGCCCUCCUGGAGUAUUUGCUCCAGGGGGGGGUCCCACAGGAUUUCCACCUGGAGGAGUUACAGGCGUGUUAGCCCCUGGAGGUGUUUCAGGCCCUUUUCCAGGAGGAAGUGGACCUGCAACACUAGGAGCAAUCCCUCCCUCAGGGAUUCCCCUCGAACAACUCCCAGGAUACGAUCCCCAAUUUCCAACUCCCAUCAACACCCAUUUCUCGCAGAAUCAACGAGAGUUUGAGCUGGAAGCCGAGGUGAAUCGUCUCCGUCGAGAGAACGAGAGAAUAAUUAAAGAGAGUGCGGAUUACGAGAAUGCAAUACAAAGGGCUUUGUUGAAGGGUGUCUCUUCCCUGAAUGACGAGGCCCUGAAGGUGUUGAGGAAUCCCCUGGAAUGCUGGGUGCCAUGUCUACCUUGUAAUUCCACCGAUGAAAGUGUCGCAACGAGCCACACAGCCCCUCCCAAGCCCUCGAAGGACUGCUGGACCUCUCAAGAGGACAAAUCCAAGGCGAUCCUACCCUCAAAGUUUAAUGCAUUCUGUCGACAAAUGGCCGAUGAAAAAAAAGAGAGUGCCCGAGCCUCGAAGAAGUCAGGGCUGACUGUCUGCUACUCCCCAGCAGUGAAAAAACAAUCCCAGACCAGCAUGGCCUGGGGUGAUAACACCUGCAUCCCCUGUACCAGGACAUCCCCUCGUCCGAGUUCAGGAUCCAAGUCAGUUUGUCUCGAUGGAAAAUACAGAAAGUCCUCGAGCUCGAGGGACAGAAUUUGCCCUGCAAAAGGUCCAAAAUCGGGGAGUUCGACGGCAGGAUCUCCUCGAGAGAAUUUACGAGGACUCAAUUGCGUAGAGCUCUUUCCAGCAUCUAGACAAGACAGCCAGGAACCCAAACGUUGUGAACCAUGCAAUAGAAUUCGUCGGAUGUUCGACCACUAAAAGGGCAAAUACCCGAUGGAGACUUUACCGUAGAAUGGGACUAAAUGGUGUUCACACAUGGAGAACAUCUCGAUAUCUUUGACAACUACC